AGAACUCAACAACUUCGCAUCACCUAACCCAAAGUCCUUGAUCCUCCACUUUAGAGAGUGUGUCAAAAUACAUCAUUCAAGUCGACAACAACUAGAAGUCUAGAACAAGAAGAAGAAAAAAAAAUGGUAGAAACAACAACAACAAUAGUACUGUAUCCAGCACCAGGAAUAGGCCACAUAAUUUCCAUGGUACAAUUAUCCAAACUUCUUCUCACACAUCAUCAACAACAACACUUUUCCAUCACAAUCCUUCUCACCAAUGGCUUCCAAGACCAUCCAUCAAUCAACUCAUACAUCAACCGCAUCUCAUCUUCUCAUCCUUCCAUCAUCUUCCACACUCUCCCUACCAUCACCGUCACCACCACCACCACCACCACUCAAUCCAUGGCUGCCACCGCAUUCCAGUUCAUCAAAUCAAACACCGUCAACGUCGAGUCAAAACUCCGUCAAAUCUCACUAACUUCCGUUAUCAAAUCAUUUAUAAUCGAUAUGUUCUGUGCUUCUGCCAUGGAUAUAGCUUCUUCCAUGGGAAUUCCAGUUUACUGUUUUUUCACUUCUGGUGCUGCUGUUCUUGCUUUGUAUUCUUAUUUUCCCAAGAUUCACUCCGAAACGACGAAGUCGUUUAGGGAGAUGAAUGGAGUUGAGAUUGUUGCGCCGGGAAAUGCGCCGUUGGAGGCGGUUUUGAUGCCGGAACCUGUGCUUGAUAGAGAAGAUCCUGCUUAUUGGGAAAUGCUGUAUUUCUGUGAGCAUCUUUCAAUGGCGAAGGGUAUUGUUGUCAAUACUUUUCGUGAAUUGGAAGUUAAGGCGGUUAAGGCGGUUGAAGACGGUGAUUGUUUUCCGGAUCGGAAACGAACUCUGCCUUCUAUUUACUGCAUUGGACCAUUGAUUGCUGACGCUCAACAAUCAGAUGAAGCAAGUGACGGCAAAGAUUGCUUAUCAUGGCUAGAUAAACAACCGAGUAAAAGUGUGGUGUACUUGUGUUUUGGAAGCCGUGGAUCGUUCUCUAUUGCACAGCUGAAAGAAAUAGCUGAAGGGUUAGAGAGGAGUGGACACAGAUUCUUAUGGGUUGUGAAGAGGCCAAUACAAGAAAAUCAUGGAACAAAUCAAGUUGACAAUACAACAGGGGAGUUUGAGUUGAGUUCUGUUUUACCAAGUGGGUUUAUAGAGAGAACAAAAGAGAGGGGUCUGGUGGUGAGGUCGUGGGCCCCACAAGUGGAGGUGUUGAGCCGUGAAUCAGUCGGUGGGUUUGUGAGUCACUGCGGAUGGAACUCGGUGCUGGAAGGGGUAGUUGCCGGAGUGCCAAUGAUUGCAUGGCCAUUGUAUGCCGAGCAGCAUGUUAAUAGGAAUGUGAUGGUGGAGGACAUGAAGGUCGCCGUUGCGGUCGAGCAAAGCGAAGGAGAUAGGUUUGUGAGUGGAGAAGAAGUGGAGAAGAGGGUUAGAGAGUUGAUGGAGUCUGAGAAAGGGACAGAGAUAAGGGAGAGGAGUUUGAAGUUCAAAGACAUGGCUAGGGAUGCAUUUGGAGAAUGUGGGUCGUCCACAAAAGCACUUUCCAACUUGGUUCAAACAUGGAAUGAAAUCAAUCCCUUAUAACUAAUUCCAUUGUGAUUAGUAUUAUCACUCAUUUAUUAUUUGUGUAAAUGUGUAGUGGAACUGGAACUGAAUGUUGUUUUCUGUUGUUUUGCAAGGUAAAUUUUGCUUUUUUGUUGUUGCUGAA